GUCACCCGGUCUAACUGUCGUCGAUUGUUGCUGGAGCAAGACGGUCUUCUUCGGGGCCGGGUCUUCAUCAGGGGCUGGGUCUGCGCUCCAGAACCGACGAGGAAAAAAAAUAAGUCGAGUCCUGAAGAAAGACGACCAAGACAAUGGUUGGCUGGUGACGAGCGAUGAUCUAGCGCUGGGAUUCCGGACUCGACAUGGCCAUCAGGGAGCUCAAAGUUUGUCUCCUCGGGGACACUGGAGUCGGGAAGUCCAGCAUCGUUUGUCGGUUUGUUCAAGAUCACUUCGACCACAACAUCAGUCCUACGAUCGGAGCGUCCUUCCUGACCAAAACGGUGCCGAGUGGAAAUGAGCUACAUAAAUUCCUGAUCUGGGACACUGCGGGGCAGGAAAGGUUCCACUCUCUGGCGCCGAUGUACUACAGAGGAUCUGCUGCUGCUGUCAUCGUCUACGACAUCACCAAGCUGGACUCGUUCCAGACUCUGAAGAAGUGGGUGAAGGAACUGAAGGAGCAUGGGCCCGACGACAUCGUCGUGGCCAUUGCGGGGAACAAGAACGACCUCGGAGAGAUCAGGGAAGUGCCCAUGAAAGAGGCCAAAGAGUUUGCAGACUCCAUCGCUGCCAUUUUCAUCGAGACCAGCGCCAGAAACGCCGUCAAUGUGGAGGAGCUCUUCCAGAAGAUCAGCAAACAGAUCCCACCGCUGCAGAACCCUGAGGUGGAGAGCACCGAGUCCUUCAAAAUCACCGGCCAGCCUCCUGCGUCCUCCAGGAGAUGCUGCUAGCAGUUGUCCUCACCGGGCCGACUCCACCUUUGCACACAGUGUCGUAAUUGCAGGGAGAGGUGAGGAGCAGCGUCACUGCACUGUCAAAUAACCAGCACAUUUUGAGAUUCUUUCAAAUGGAUCCGCCAGUCAGCGUCGCUCUGUCGCCCUCUAGCGGCGUGUGCAGGAGCCGCAGUAUUCGUCAAAACUGUUAGUGUUCUGGUGCAGUUGCGCAGGACGAGCGUGGCCUGCAGGACGAUGGAGGUGUUGUGAGUGCUGUGGAGUCCAUGGGGUUUUUUUUACGCUCAUUUCCUGCUGUAGAUGUAGGCGAGCAGAGGUCACGACCCCUGGUGCUGAGACACUGACCACACUAGUUUACAAUUUGUCUUGGGACGAUGCACGAUGAAACAUGUGAUGAACAGGGAAAGCCUUAGAACUGUAACAUUUUCUGCCAGUUUUACUAUUAAACUUGUGCCUAAAUAUGAGGGAACAGCCUGGAGCAGGAAGUGCCUUUUUUUAAACACAUGAAAUUUUUAUUAAAUAACAAAAUAGACAUUUCCUCAUGUGUAGUUUUUAAUAAUUCCAACUGUGUAUUCUCCCGUGCUGGCAACCACUGCCGUGUGUUUGUGUGUGACUGGGCUCUUGGUUCUGAAUGUGGGAGUGGAUCUGCGGCGCAGCUUGUUCUACUGCUGUUGGCGACCCCUGGUGGUGAUACCGAGAUGUACCGAGAUCAGAGACGAGGAAUAACCGCACGAUUCAUGCUGAGCGGCAGGAAACGUGUGGCAUCUUGGCGAGUCGAUUUGUUCGUUUGAGCGUGUUUUUGUCGGUUAAACUACAGUUUACAGUCUUUAUCUCUGUUUAAAUAUUCCUGUGGGUUAAAGCGUCAAAACGUCCGCUCUAAUUUCCAACAAGUGUGUCAUUGAAUGUGUGUAAAUAUAGGCAUGUAGUUGUUGUGUUGAAGUGUGUUUGUGUGAUUAUGUUUAAGUGUGUAGCAACUAGGUUCAGAUCCGAUCAAAGGUGGAGACUGUGUGGUGACCGGGGGCGAAUUCCGGGCCACGGCCAUGAGAUAGGAGAGGCGCCUUGUGGCCUGUGACCCGGUCAGCUUGGCUCUGUUUGUCCUGAAUCAAGGGCCCAAACUAAAUCAAGUGAAUUCAGGAGUUCCAAAAAAAAAGCUUAAAUGUCAGACAUGUGAAUGCGAUCUUGUGAUCAACGGGGUCACUCUGACAGGAUGUACAGCAUGUAGUCAUGGCAUCACUCUGGUGUGGAGUGAGGAGCUUCACCUCAUGUGCCUUUCUCCUCAGUCACUCUGUAAAUACAUGAAUAAAACU